GGCGGGGUCCUUCGUGCAGUUGCAAUACCCGGUAUUGGGUCUCGGGUUUCCUGUUACAAAUAGGAUUUAUGACCGGGUCUACAGUCCUAUAUAUGCUUCCAACCAUGAAAUACAUCCUGCUGGUCGCAGUGCUAUACUGCAUACACGGAGGGGAAGCAAAUGCUCCACCCAUCAUCACGGCACUGCCCACCUACCCAAUGUUUGAAAACACGACGAACGGUACCUUCCUCUUCGAUAUAAGCGCGUCUUACGAUAAAGUCUGGCCUGUAUUCGAAAUAAAAUCGGAUGAAGUCAGCCAUAUAGUGAGACUGGAGAACAUAAGAAAUGGAAGUGGUGUCACGAACGCGUCUGUAGUACUGAACAACAUGGUAGACAGAGAGACGGAUGGUGCCACAAAGACUUUGACAUUCUAUGCAUCUGACGACGUAUAUACGGUGUCGAAGGGGGUCAUCCUCAUCAUUAUGGAUGUGAACGACGAGAAACCUGUGUUCACCCAAGCCGGCUACAGGGUCACCGUGAUGGAGUCUGCUGUAAAAAAUACAUCAACAACAUUAACAGUAACAGCAACGGAUCGUGAUUCUGGAAUUGGGGGUCAAGUUUACUAUGGCUUGGAGGCCAAGGGUCAGAAUGCCGAUGACUACAAAUACACGUUCUAUGUGGAGGCAAGAACUGGGCAGAUAUUCCAGAAUGAAAGUCUGGAUUAUGAGACAAGGACCUUCUAUCAAUACAACGUGAAGGCAUGG